UGCUAACCGGAUUCUCCCCUGUCCCUACAGACCACCCUGCCAAUGUUCAGAAGCCAGCAGUUCUCGGUGAAGAGACGAUUCAGCGACUUUCUGGGCUUGUACGAGAAGCUUCUAGAGAAACACGCCCAACAUGGAAUGAUCGUUCCUCCUCCUCCGGAGAAGAGUUUAAUAGGGAUGACCAAACUCAAGGUUGGAAAAGAAGACUCUUCCUCCACAGAAUUCUUAGAGAGACGAAGAGCUGCCUUAGAAAGGUUGGGGGGAGCGUUGUGUUUCUCGUUGGCGGGUGUUGUAACCAUUAAGGUGGUGCAGUGGGUUUGUUACUCGGGGUAGGGGAAUUUGCCUCGU